AUGGUAUCCGAUUCCUCGCUGAUUGACCGCCUCCGCGAGAUCCUCCGGGACUCCGACCUUGAGACAGCCACCGCCGCCUCCGUCCGCCGCCGCCUCGAGGAGGAAUUCUCCCUCGAUCUCUACGGCCGCAGGGCCUUCAUCAGGGAACAAAUCGACCUCUUCCUCCAGGGAAGGGACGGCCACGGCGCCGCCGCCGCCGCCGCCGAGAAGGAGGAGGAAGUGGACGAGAACGCCCAGCAAGGGGAAGUUGAGGGCGGCGAUGGGGAUUCUCAGGAAGGAGAAAUUUCUGAGGAUGAAGAAGAGGAAGAGGAGCUGAGCGAUGGUGAGAGGAGUAAUAAGAGAAAUAAGAGUAUGAAGACAACAGAGGUAAAGACGAAGGGAGGAAGGGGCUUCAGCAAGCCAUGUUUGCUUUCUCCACAACUUCAGGAAUUCCUUGGGGUAGCUCAGUUAGCUAGGACUGAGGUUGUGAAGAAAAUUUGGGCGCACAUACGGGAGCAGAAUCUGCAGAAUCCUAAUGAUAGAAGAAAAAUCUUGUGUGAUGAAUCUCUGCAUGGGAUUUUUCGUGUGAAGAGUAUAGACAUGUUUCAAAUGAAUAAAGUAUUGUCCAAGCACAUUUGGCCGCUGGAUGAAGUUGUAGCGCCUCCAGUCAAUAAAUCUUCCCAGAAGGACAAGCAACGCAGAAAAGGCAGAGAAGUUUUGGAUGAGCCAAAAAGGAAAGAAAAACCGAAAAAAGGAGGCGGUGGUUUAACUGCACCCCAACAUUUAUCGGAUGCUUUGGUCAACUUCCUUGGCACGGGAGAAGAUGAAUUGUCACGGACGGAUGUUGUCAAGAGGAUGUGGCAGUAUAUAAAAGAGAACGAACUCCAGGAUCCAUCGGACAAGAGGAUGGUGUUGUGUGAUGAAAAUUUGAAAGAACUCUUUGGAGUCGAUUCCUUCCAUGGUUUCACUGUUUCGAAGCUACUCGUGCCCCAUUUCACUAAAGCUCAAGACUGA